AUGAGGAACGAAUUGGACGUGUCCAAUUUCAGCGAAGAAUUCACUGCUUUGCCCCCAACAGACUCCCCUGCCGUCGUUCCUCUGAAUUAUGACAAAAUCUUCAAGGGAUACUCCUAUGUCGCACCUUCCGUUCUCUUCAGCAAAAAUGUUAUAUCCGACGAUCUCCUUCGACCCAACAAAGAGCAUGCUAACAUCAAGAACUUCCGUUUGAGUAAUAGUCCAUUUUUCCAAAACUUCGAUAUUGAUUUUAAUGAAGAAAUACUUGGCGAUGGUACCUUCUCCAUUUGCAGGAAAUGUGUUAAUAGGCAAAAUGACAAAGAAUUUGCUGUAAAGAUAGUGAGUAGAGCUAGAGAUUGUACCCAAGAGAUCAAUCUCCUAAGAGCCUGUCAAGGUAAUCCGAACAUAGUAACACUGCACGACGUCGUCCAAGAUGACAGUCAUACUUAUCUUAUUAUGGAGUACUUAAAGGGAGGGGAGCUGUUUGAUCGUAUAAGACGGAAGUCCAAAUUUACUGAAAGUGAAGCUUCUGUAAUUAUGAGGAAACUGGUAUCGGCUGUGAGCUUCAUGCAUUCGCGUGGAGUGGUCCAUAGAGACCUUAAACCUGAAAACUUGGUAUUCACGACUGAUGACGAUGACGCCGAAAUUAAGAUAAUCGAUUUUGGCUUUGCUAGACUGAAACAAGAACAGGAAUCACUUCAUACUCCAUGUUUUACCCUUCAGUAUGCAGCUCCUGAAGUUUUAAAAGGGGACAUUGAAGGAUACGACGAAAACUGUGAUUUGUGGAGUCUGGGAGUAAUACUCUAUACCAUGCUUUGUGGCAAGGCUCCUUUCCACGCUAGGUCCAGAGACGAAACCGUAUCGUCAAUAAUGACUAGAAUUAAAGAUGGAGACUUCAAUUUUGAUUCCGCCAACUGGCAGGGAGUCAGUAAAGAAGCCAAAUUCGUCGUCGAGGGUCUUCUGACCGUAGACCCUUCUCAAAGACUGAGAAUGAUCGAUCUCCAGAACAACAACUGGAUUCAAGGCAGUCAGAACUUCUCUCAAACACCUCUCAUGACUCCAGAUGUACUUGGAUCUACUGCUGAAAGGAUUCUCCAGACGACCUUCAGUGCCUUCCAUAAAGCGGAACGAGAAGGGUUCCGUCUGCAAGACGUGCUCAAUGCCAAGUUAGCGCAACGCAGACGAAUGAAGAAGAGUUCAUCCGAUAAUAAUAGCUCCAGUUCGUCUUUUACCAGUGAGAGCUCGUUAAAGAGUGGCGCAGUUACUCCUGCGCGCUCGAAGCUCUCGCUAGAAUUGAUAAAGACUGAAGAACUCGCCGCUCCUGAGCCCCAGGAGACCACAAGAGUGAACGAAUUUUCGAACACGAUAAAUUCGAGCAGUUCUGAUUCCAGGACUUCUGAUGCUUUUAGGGAAUCUACCAGCUCUAGUGGAAUUGUUGUAUCAGAUAAAAAUUCCGUCGACAGUAAGACCGAGAAGAAAAAGAGAGGCAGGAAGAGGUACAUCCAGUCCAGGCAGAGCGAGAGGAUACGUAGAACUAGAUUAGAAAUCGACGGGGAACCACCUAUGGAAUUCAUUUCCCUGCCAAAUAGGACUAGGAAACGUAAGAUCCAGGAAGUCGAUGGACUAGAAGAGCACCCGGAGACACCUCAAUCAAAAAUCAGAAAGAAAAGUUUCUUCUACGAAUAG